UAUUUGGAAAAAUCAGGAUAAAACGUUAAGAAAAAAAUGGAAAAUUUACAAAAUUAAUGGUUUUAUUAUUCAUUCAAUUUUGUUAUUUGUUAUAAUUCUGUCAGAAAUAUUUGUUUUUUUAAAAUUAAUUAAAUAUUGACAUAGUUUAUAAAAAGGACACUAGAUGGUGUUAGUGGCCUUACCAAAAGUAAUAAUGUUCGAGCUUCACUUAUCACAUUUUCAUUCAGUAUUCUGUAUAUUUUAAUUUGUGACCGCACGCAUUAAUUUUGUUUCAUUCUCCCGCCAAUAUUAUACUUAAUCCGCAAUCACCCUAAUUAAUUUUUAAGAUUAUAAAUUAUAUUUUUCAGUUUGCCUACAUUUUUAAUAAUAUUAUUUUACAGAAAUUUAGAAUACUUAAUUUUUAUUUUUAAUCUUGUUGGAAUUAUUUAAAACAAAAUGAGUUUAUGGGCAGAUAAGUAUAGACCUCAUGCUUUACAAAAAGUUGAUUACCAUCAAGAUCAGGCUAAGCAUUUAAUAAACCUCGUAAGUAGAUUGGUUGUAUAUUAAAUUGACUUUCAUAUAAUAAAGCACAUUUGUAGGUUAAUCAAGGUGAUUUUCCACAUUUAUUGUUUUAUGGGCCCAAUGGUGCUGGAAAAAAGACUCGUAUUUUAGCAUUGUUACGAACACUGUAUGGUCCCGGUGUUGAAAGAUUACGUACGGAACAUAUGAACUUUAUGGUAUGGAAUUAUGCUCAAUAUUUAAAGACAUAGCUUUUAUAUCAAUAAUAUGUUUUUUUUCUAAAUUUAAGACGCCUUCAAAUAAAAAGUUUGAAAUAAUGACUGUUGCCAGUAAUUACCAUAUAGAAGUAAACGCCAGUGAUGCGGGAAUGUAUGAUCGCAUUGUAGUUAUGGAACUCAUAAAAACUGUGGCACAAACCCAUCAAUUAGAUUCAAAUAAACAACGGCACUUUAAAGGUGUCUAAAAGUUUUUGUUAACAUUCAUUACAAAUUUGUGACUAAUUUAAUUCAAUUUAUAGUAAUUUUAUUAACUGAAGUGGAUCGUCUUACUAAAGAAGCUCAACAAGCAUUGCGGCGUACUAUGGAAAAAUAUAUGGCUACAUGUCGUAUUAUUUUGUGUGCCAAUUCUAUUGCUCAAGUUAUUCCUGCUAUACGAAGUAGAUGUUUAGCUAUACGUGUGCCUGCUCCAACUCAUGAAGAUAUUACUUCAAUUUUAAAAGUAUAUUAUUUAAUAUUAAAAAAUAAAAAAUAAAUGUAUUCUGCUAAAUAAUAAGAAUUUUAAUUUUAAAAAAAGAGCUGAUACUGGGAAUGGUAGUGGCCAUUGUUGUUGAUGGGAAGGUAGGAUUCAUAAGGUUAUUUCAUUUAUAUCUGUAAGGAACGAUAAACCAUUGCUUGAUGAAAGACGAUUCCAAGUUCAAUUCGGUAAUGCAUAAUUUAUUUUUUUAUUUUUUCGUUUAAAUUUAAUUUCUGAACAAAAAAAAAAGUUGAUGAUUUUGGAAAUUUUACCAUGUUAGAUAAGUCCAAUAUAAGUAUUAUUACUCAGUUUCAAGUGUCUACGUGAAUUUAUAACCGAAUUACAGCAAAAAUUAAAAUUUCUUAAAAGCUGAAAAGUUUUGGUGAUAAUACCAUAAGAAAAUUGAUCAAAAAAUUGUCUUGUAAUUUUUCGAUUAAAUCAUUUUUCCUAUCAGAAAACAUUGUCCGUAUUUUUAUAAAAUAAUGAAAUUAUGAAAUUGUAUGUUUUCCUACGUUUUUUUCCACUUGGGUGCUUUUAUUUAAAAAAUGGUGUCGAAAAUCAAAAAAUGAUCCCUUUAAAGUACCAUCUAGACGUUUUGAUAUUUCAGAAAAGUUGCUACACGUAAAAAUCAGAACAAAUUUACUAGGAAAGAACAUGUUCACAGGCUAAAAAAAAAAAUAAACAACUUAGUAAAACCAAUGCUCCCUCACUACGUUUAAAAACUAAAAUUAAGUUUAAAAUAUAUACGUGCCCAAUUUAAACACAGCAUAAUUAAAUCACCAAUUAUUAUUAUCUAUUUGUUUUAUUAUAUAUUCAUUAAACAUUUAUAAUAUCUGUAGAUUAUUUGUAAAAAAGAAGGAUUGAUGUUACCAGAUGAAUUAUCUUUAAUUAUUUCUCAAAACUGUGAACGAAACCUAAGACGGGCCAUACUUAUGUUGGAAGCCAGUAAAGUAAAACAGUGAGUAUUUUAUUUUCAAAAUGUUUUGGUUACUAGAUAGUAAUUUUUAAUACCUGAAAUUGUAACUGAGUGUACAUUUUAUUAAAGGUAUCCAUUUGACAUAAACCAAAGUGUUGUUGUACCAGAUUGGCAGCUUUAUAUAAGUGACACUGCCAAACAGAUAUUAAGUCAGCAGACUCCUGGAAAAUUGCUUGAAGUUCGAUCCAUGCUUUAUGAAUUAAUUGUGCAUGGCAUUCCAACAAAUGUGAUUUUUAAAGUAAGCCCAAUUUAUUAAUCACUUAUGAAUUUCUAAUUUGUCUGGUAUGCAAUUUCAGUUUUUACUUAAAGAAUUGGUGAAAAACUGUGACAUGUCAUUAAAACAUGAUAUUGUUGAAAUAUCAUCAUAUUACGAACAUAGCUUAUUAAAAGGUAAUAAAACAAUGUUCCAUUUAGAGGCAUUUGUUGCCAAAUUCAUGUUACUUUAUUCAAAGUUUAUGGAAGAGUCAUUAAAUGGUAUAUUUUAGUCUGUAUACAUAUAGAUACAUAUUAUUUGUAUUAAUAGUAAACAUAAAAAUACAUUGUACAAUUUAUCAUUAUUUUUAUAUUUAACCAAAAAUUGAUUAAAUCUUAAUUAAAAGUAUGUAACAAAUAAUAUUUUGUAUUUUCUGUUAAAGCUAGUAGAUUCUUCAAUAUUAGAGUAUUGACCACUUUUUAGAUAUUUCAUAUCCAUAUUUAUAAAAAUGUUCUAAUAGGUUGUGCGCAAAUACAUCAUAGUUUUAUUGAAUAUCGAUUUUUAAAAUCUGAUCGAAAAGAAACACUCUUCACAACACCAUAAAUUAAAAAAAACUUUAUUUUACAAGUUAAGUUUUUAAAUAGUUGUAUUUUUAUAUAUAGUUAUUAAAUUUACAGAAAUAUUGAUAAUAACCAUUAUUCUGUUGGACAUUUUAUUUUAUCUGUUUUUAUUAAUCAAUAAUGCUAUAAUAAAAGAUAGACAGAUUAUGAUUUUUGAUCAUAUCAGUUAAGGUGAUUUAGUAUACAGCUGUUUUAGUUUGUGCAUUUAAGUGAAUAAUACGCAAAAACAUUAUAUUUAAGUUAUGUAAC